AUGCCUACUCCCGGUCUCCUCUACGUCACCAUGCAGCCCAAGGGCUCGCUGCCAGACACUCAAUUCCACGACUGGUACAACAACGAACAUGGCCCUCUGCGUCUGCGUCUGCCCUUCGUCACCAAUGGCUUCCGUUUCCGUGCGACCGAUGGCGAGCAGCCCGAGUAUGUGGCUCUGUACGAUAUCACCGACAUGGACGAAUUGACCCGCGAGACUUACUUGUCGCUGCGCACUGAUCUAAUUAAGACAGAGCGCGAGAAGAAGACCAUGGCACAGAUUGACGUGGGUCGUCUGCUAUACGAUCUGGUGGAUGAGCGCAGCAGCCCCAACUUCCGUCCGCUGGAGGACCAAGCCGACACAGAUGCCGAGACCCGGGGCAGCGUUCUCGUCGCCGUCCGAGUUGCCACUGACCCCACCAAGGAAGCUGAUCUGGAGAAAUGGUAUCGGGAGGAACACUUUGACAUGCUCUCUCGAGUGCCUGGAUGGCGUCGGAGUCGCCGCUUUGUUACUGCAGCUAUUGAUUCAGCUGCCCCGCGUGAACACCUUGUCCUCCACGAGUAUGCCCCAGUCAACGGUCUCGGAGGCGAUGCCCACAAAGCUGCCAUGAGCACUCCCUGGGGAGCUCGCCUGAUGAGCGACGUGGUGACCUCCAAGAACCGCCGUGUGUAUGAGUGGUACUAUACCUUUGGCCCUGCUCCCCGUGAGCUGACCUCAUUGGCCGCCUCGGAUGUCGUUGGACCCUGGAACUCCAACGAUGGUCGCACUCGUACAUUCCCAUCGCCUACCCGCCCGGCUGUCGAGUCCUUCGUCACCACGGCUGAUGGUGUCGAGAUUCCUUACCGUCUGGAGGGUAGCACCGACCCCUACGCACCCGUAGUGGUGCUGAGCAAUUCCAUCCUGGUCAACUGGAACAUUUGGGACCGGUUCGUAGAUGCCUUCUUCGCCCAGAAGCAGAACCAGCGCUACCGCGUCGUGCGCUAUCUCACCCGUGGCCGCCGCUCUGCAAGCGGCGAGCAGCCCGUGAACAUUGAUGUGCUGGCCUCUGACCUCGCCACCUUGCUGGAGGCCCUGCGUGUACCUCCCAAGGCCGCCCGUUUGAUCGGUGUCAGCCUGGGUGGUGUCACCGUUCUCAACACCUCCCUCCUCCACCCCGAGCGCGUUGGAGCCUUCAUCGCCUGCGACACCAACUCUUCCGCCCCCGAGUCCAACCGCAAGGCCUGGGGUGACCGUGUCGCCAUCUGUGAGAAGGAGGGCUCUGUGGACCCUGAAACCAAGGAGCCCAUUGUGGGCGAGGAGCUGGCCGAGGUCACAACUCGCCGCUGGUUCGUGCCCGAGUCCUACGAGACCCAGCCUGAGGUUCUCGCCCCGGUCAAGGAGGCGGUGCGCACCAACAGCCUGAAGGGCUUCGCCCACAGUGUGCAGGCCCUCUGCGCCUACGAUAUCCGCGAGCGUAUGGCUUCUGCCACUGUGCCUGGUUUGUUUGUUGCUGGAGCCAACGACGGUGUCCUCCCUCAGACUAUGCAGAAGAUGGCCACCGAUUUGAAGGGUGGUGCUGAGCUCAAGAUCAUCGACCGUGCCGGCCACUUGCCUAUGGUGGAACAGCCUCAGGCCUUUGCCGACGUUGUGACGGAGUUCCUGGCUAAGAUUGAUGGUUGA